AUGGUUAAAACAACUCUUGAUCGCUGUUUAACUUGCCAAGCCCUUGGCCAACCCGGCCCACCAGCACCAAUCACCCCCACCACCAUGCCUGAUGAACCUUGGCAAACUGUUCUUGUCGACUUCUAUGGUCCUCUACCCACUGGAGAAUACCUUCUUGUCGUUGUAGAUAGAUAUUCUCGGUUUCCAAAGGUCGAAAUUGUCCACUGCACGAGAGCCUCUACUGUGAUACCAAAACUCGACAAGAUCUUUGCAGUUCAUGGCAUUCCUACCCUUCUCAAAAGCGACAAUGGUCCCCCUUUCAAUGGCGAAGAAUACCAACGCUAUCUCACUGCCCUUGGAAUAAAGGCAAUCUUCUCUACUCCCAAAUCGCCCCAAGGCAACGCUGAGGUAGAACGCUUCAUGCAACCCUUGGGCAAAUCCCUGAAAGCUGCCAAACUUGACGGUCGUCCAAGAAAACAAGAGCUAAGUCGUUUCCUGUUGCACUAUCGCACCACACCGCAUUGUACCACUGGUGUUCCACCCUCUGAACUGUUAUUUAAUCGCCAAGUUCAAGGAAAACUUCCUAUUUUACAAAAACGCAAUCUCGUUAACCGUCACGACGAGGCUCGGGAAAAGGAAGGUGUUCUCAAAACAGAACAGACACGCUGGAUUUAUAAACAAUUUAUUUAA